GGGUAUGGAAAAAAGGGCUACCGCACAUUCGAAUCACUAGCCCAUUCCACCUAUUCUCAAAUAGUCAAGCAUCGCACUUCGCAUAUCAUCCAUCUCAAAUCAUCAGCGCGUACUGCAACAAAGAAAUCAGAGGUGAUUCUACGCUUGCUGGAAAAUAUUGGCAGACAGACAAAAUUAUUGAAGAUGGUGGGAACGGUGGCGGAAAGAGAAAAAACGGAUGCAAAGGAGAGGGCGAAUGAGGAAUAUGAGCAACAGAGGAGGGCUGUUUGGAAUUGGCUUGGGUGGGGCGCGUGGAUGGAAGUUUACACAGAGGAGGAAAUGGUGAAGAGAGCCGCGGAGUUGAACGACCUUGAAAUUCUGAUGGGAGAUAUCAUAAAUAUCUCCGACCUUGGAGAACUUACAGAGAGAGUUGAAGAUCUGGUGCCGAAGGAUAUGAAGAUGUGGAAUGCGGUUAUGGAGGCGAGUGAAAAGUUUUUGGGGAAGUUGGUGAUGAGAGGGGAGCUAGAGAGUGGGGACAAGAAUGAUGAAGCGGUAAAAAAUGGCAGAAUAUUUGGGAUUGAAGAGGAUGAAGAGUCGGGAGGGAAAAGAUGGUUUGGGAGCGGUCGCAAAGGAAAGGGGGAUGAGGAAAUGGCUAGGAAGGAGAAAAUCAAACAAGAAAAAAUAGGCAAGAGAAUUGGAGAGUUGCAGGAAUGGGGGAAGGAUGUCAGGGCAUGGGUUAAGAUUCGGGUGAAAUUUGCUUACGACUUGAGGAAGUUGAUUGAGGAAUAGGGGUGUGUAGGAACGGGGGGAAAUGGGUUCCAUUGGUUGAUUGUACUGUAUUGAAGAAAAGGGAAGCGAGGGGAAGCGAGGGGAAGCGAGGGAAGAAGUACCUAGUACAUCUUGCCAAAAUUCGUGGAAGUUAACUCUAAAUUCCAUUGCGAUACUUUUACCAUUUCAAGGAAAUACAACUCAUUACUAGGUACGGAGGUCGCGGUCAUUUUGGAAGAGACUAGAUAGCCCUCUUGCCCUAUAAAUGCUUGCGGAAUAUAAUCAAAUACA